GCCAUUUUAAAUUCACCCUGUGAGGAAGACAGUUCAGUGAUUUCAGCACACUGCUGAGGCAUCCUGCCCGUAUAGAGCUUUUUUGUCUUCUAAUGGCGUAUAAAAAGCCUGGGGCCAGUUACAGUUUAAUAUGUUUAGGUCUGUUGUUGCUUUCAAGUUCAUUUUGCCAAAGUGCAAGUCUGACAAAUCUUAUGGCUUUGGAUGAAUUAAGAACAAACUCAACACAUGGCCAUGGUCAAACUGAAGCUAAUGAACUGCGUAAUGGCAGACUCUUGAUUUGGAAAAAUACUCCACAAGGUGUUGAAGUCAAAGGAGCUAAGGACACCCAGGAUGGACUGGAGGUUGAUAUGGAUUACCAGGCAGACGUGGGUUUGGGGGAGUCCAAGCAACCUUAUGUGCUGGAUAUUUUGUCAAAGCAGAAGCAAGACAAUACAGCUGUGGAACACCUCCUUAAAAUGGAACCCAAAGUUGAAUGUACAGGAGACUCAAUGAAGCUCCAAGUCCAAGGUGCUGCUUCCACUCCUGGAUCUUUAUUGCUGGUGGACAGGGGAGCUCACCUAUCUCCUCUGCCUCUGUCAAAGUUGCCACCGAGCUGUGGUUACUCAGUCAAGUCAACACUGAGAGAUUUGGUCUUGGUUGCACCUUAUGAUGGCUGUUUUGUUGCUCUUGAGGAGGACACUUAUGUUCUCCCACUGCACUGGUGGGGUCUACCAGUCAAGAUGUCAUGCCCUUUGUUGAAGCAGUCUUCACCUAACCCUCCUAUGGUCACCUGCCAUGCUGAGGGCAUGGUAGUGAAGACUGAAUGGACAACUUCUGUGGCCAAAAUCAAAGUGAAAUUGACUGGUGAUUGGGAGCCUCUGAUGACAGCUUCACCAAGAUGUGGCUUCAGUGUAGUCACUCAUCCAGAAGGUGUGGUAAUCUCUGUUCGCUACGCACCCUGCCUGAGGAAAAUGGAUGGAAUGUAUACCUUGGAACUUGCUGGAGAUGGAGAAACUAAAAUUUCCUGCCCAUCGCUAUCACCAGCUGUGCUUGAACCCAACAAGAAUCCAGGAACGGUCCCAAAUCAGCAAAACAACGUACCAAGCAAACAACCUAGUCCUACAGUGAAGCCUCCCUCCUCCUUGGUUCCCAAGAAAAAUGGCAAACAAGCAAUGACUCCUAGUGGCCAAGUUCAACAGCCAUUCUACCCCUACCCUUAUUACAUUCAACCACAGCCUCAGCCAGCUACAAAGCCAGCACAACCACCACAGCCUGAGACUCACUGGGGCCAAGUACACCAGCAACUCCCUGUUCAGCCUGAGGCUAAAAAGCCUACUGUUACUCCAAAACCUUCACAACCAACAGCACCCCAGGGCCAAGUACACCAGCAAUUUUAUCUUUACCCCUACUCAUUCUACUCUCAGCUGGGGCUUGACAAUCCAACGGCCAAAACACCUUCUAAGCAACCCCAGCCUGUAGCUCCUCAAGGAGAAGUGCAAAUGCCACAUUUCACUAAACACGAGGUUAAGGAGCCACCAACUGAAAAGCCUGCUGCUGCUCUAAAGCCUGAAGCCCCACGUGGUCAAUUUUACCAGCAAUUUUACCACUAUCCCUUCUACCCUUGGCCACAAUUUGAAAAAGAACCAGCUGCAAAACCCCAAAGACCACCACAGCUAGAAGCCCCUAAAAGUGAAGUGCAUCAGAAACCAAAACCUGCUCCAGCUCCUUCACAGCCUGAAGCCCCUCAAGGUACAGUACACCAGACUGCGAAGCCUCCUGCUGCCAAAACCCCUCCACACCCUGAAGUACCACCGGGCCAGGAAUAUUCAAUUUACCCCUACCUUUACUACACUCAGCCAGAACCUGAAACCCAGUCUGCUUCAACGCCCACACAACCUCACAGGCAGGGGAACUAUCCCUUUCUCCCAAAGCCAGCUGGGAAGCCCACUGCCGUUUCAAAUCCCAAAAAGCCUGAAGUCCCAAAUGGCCAAAUGACCUAUCCCUUCUACUACCCCUUCUAUCCUCAGCCAGAACCUGAAAAUAAACCAGCAACAAAGCCCACUGCUCCCUUAGAACCAACAAAGACUCAAGCCCCUCCGGGGCAAGUUGACCAACUCUUUCCCCCACAGGUGGUUGUGAAUCCCACCGCAAUCCCAAAACCCCAACAGCCAUCAGCCCCCCAGGGCCACAUGGUCUAUCCAUUCUACUACCCUUUCUAUCCUCAGCCAAAACCUGAAAAUAAACCAAUACAACAACCCACUGCUCCCUUAGAACCAACAAAGACUCAAGCCCCUCCGGGGCAAGUUGACCAGCCCUUACCCCCACAGAUGGUUGUGAAUCCCACCGCAAUUCCAAAACCCCAACAGCCAUCAGCCCCCCAGGGCCACAUGGUCUAUCCAUUCUACUACCCUUUCUAUCCUCAGCCAGAACCUGAAAAUAAACCAGUAACAAAGCCUACUGCUCCUCAAGAACCAACAAAGACUCAAGCCCCUCCAGGGAGAGUUGACAAGCCCCUUCCCCCCAAACCAGCUGAGAAGCCUACUGGAGCUUCAAAACCUCAACAGCCUGAAGCCCCCAAAGUCCAAAUGACCUAUCCAUUUUACUACCCCUUCUAUCCUCAGCCAGAACCUGAAAAUAAACCAGCACAACAACCCACUGCUCCCUUACAACCAACAAAGCCUCAAUCCCCGAAGGGCCAAGUGAACCAACGCUUACCCCCACAGAUGGUUGUGAAUCCCACUGCAGUUCCAAAGCCCCAAAAGCCCCUGGCCCCUCAUCUAGAGACUGAGAAUAAACAACCAGCCCAUGCUGAAGAUCCUUCAGGAAAAUUUCACCAUCCAAAGCCCGUGAGUCCACCUGGCAAAAUGCCCACAGCUCCAAAACAACCUGAAGAUCCUGGUGCCCAUGAGCACAGGCUAUUCUUCCCCUACUAUUACCCAUAUGGGUUCCCUUUCUACUCUCCACCAGAACCUGCAAAUCAGCCAGCUGGUCUUAGCCCUUCUGAAGGUCAACUACCAAAACCUAAUCAGUCAUCUAGCAUAAACACUGGAACAAAUGCCAAUAUUCAAUCUCAAACGACAAUCCAAAGUGAACCCGCUGUAAAAAACCCACACCAAGACCCCCAGCUUGUAACAAUACCCCCUACAAAGUCUGUGCCACAGCCUCAACAGACCAACAUUCCAGUCACUGCUCCUGCCAACCCACAAUCUGGCAAUGGAGGCAAAAACCCUCAAUCAGGCCCUCCACAUGCACCACCUGUGUACUGCCCUCAAUCUUGCCCAUCUGGAUUGUCUAAUUGCUGUGUACAAAUUGCCUUCCAUCAGCAUCUGCAUCAUAUUGUUCCUGCGAAAGAGGCACCUCUACUCUAUCCAGGUCUGCCAUUCCUUCCUUCAGCUUAUUCUGGGUUUGGCCAAGGCACUGGUAAUGUUCUGAUUCCACCUGGGUCAACUGAAGCAACAAAAAUUAUAGCUUCUAAAACUUCAACCUCUGAACCUGCUGCAUCUGAGUCUCCCCCUUCUGAAAAUAAGCAGCCAUAUCAUCAGUUGGCACAUGAAAACCCAGAAGCGCUAAAAGGAAGUAAUCCCCACAAUCCAACUAAUCAACAACAAAUCUACCCUUACGUUUUUCCCAAUUCAGUGCCUCCUUAUUGGCCAUACUUGCCACAAAAUCCUGAUCAACAGAAAUUGCAACACAGCCCAUCUUCCAUUCACUAUAAUUUGCCCUCUCAACCGCAGGCUCCAAGCAAUGAUCCUGGUAAUGCAGUGGUGCAACAUGGCAAACCUUCAGCUGUGAAGCAAAAUAAACCAGCAACCAACAUCCUGCCAUCAGACAGCAAGUCCACAGACUCUCAAGAACCCAUAUAUGACAAAGUCCAACAGGAACCUCAUGUUCCAGUCUCUUACUACUUGACUCCAGAUGCUCAAGCACCCAUUUAUAACUACUGGGUCCCUAACCAUUUGGCUCAGCAGCAACCUUCUGGCAGCAGUUCAAAAGAAUCUGGCCAUCAAACAGCAACUAGCACCGAUUCUGAACCCAAGAGUUUUGUGCUUCUCCAGCACGGCCCCCCAGAAAGGGAGAUGACCACCUUCAGUGAACCCAACCUACCUUUGAGAGAGGGUGUUCAUAAUGCCAAUAGUGUUGCUCCAGAACUCCAGAAUCCUCAAAAUUCUUGGCUCCCACAGGAAAACUCUCAAUAUCUCAACUGGCUGGGUAAAGCACAGUCAAGCUCAUUAUCUGGAAAUCUGAACUACCUGCCAAGUCCUGAUGAUGGCUCAAGCUUCUCACAGCACUUCUCUGCUUCAGCUGUUCCUCAUUCUGUGCCUUUGAGCCUGGAUCCUUUCAGUGCAGAAAACAUAAAGCCUAAAUUCCCCAAAUAUUGGAGACCCAUGGCACGACGUGGCUCAGGCAAAAGGAGUCCUCCCCUUUUUCCUGCAAAGACAUUGCAACGACGGAGCUCUGCCAUCAGCCAUCCUGGGAAUGGACUUAACCAACGUAUCCAGAGAGAGGGUGGAAAUUGGAAGCAGAAAUGAAUCGUCUUCAAUAUAAAUAAAGAAUUUGGAAUAAUU